CACGUCCCGAGCAUGAAGCGCUACAUGCGGCAGAGCUUGGCGCCGACGCGCUCGGACAAGCAAAUCGAAAAUCUCGUGCAGGCCGUCUCCAUGAUGGACGUCAACGUACUCGAGAAGCUCAUGGCAAAGGUGGCCAUCGUACGCCCCGCCAACGAAGGGCUGCCGUCCUCGGAGGAGGCCGCGGGAAAGGCCGUCCUCCUGCACAAUCUCGCGCCGGCAAAGGAAACGACGGCUUCGUCCGGCGACAUCCUUGGCACCAUGCUCAAGCAACGUGGCAUCCCCAUUCUCGACGGCUACAUCACUCUCACGGACGACUUCAACCUCCAGGACGUCGCGUCCAUGGUCGAGGCCGCCCGCCUCGAGGCGCUCUGUGCCCGCGUGCGCGACAUCAUGUACGAGCACCUUACGAUCCACGUCGGGCGCGUCACAUCCAUCGUGCCCCUGCCCACCUCCUUUGCCGCGCUCCUCGACGUCGUAAACACGAUCCGCCCCGACCAAGACCGCGUCUGGUUCGAUAGCAGCGCCCAGCCGCGCUAUCUCAUUCACAGCGAGCUCUCGUACCAGUACUUUGUGACGUCCCGGCGCCGUGAAGUGUACCUCGACUAAGUGGCCUCGAUCCCACGACCUCGAACGCCGCCACUAUCUAUUCUGCGUCAACCUCGAAAAACCAAGUCCUUUCUACUCGUAUGUUUGUCGCACUCGG